GGUCAUUGAAAGCAUCACCAGAUUUUGUCCAACCAAGACAAGGAUACUUAAUAUUAGAUAUGUCGACUCCAGCGAGGCGAAGACUUAUGAGAGAUUUCAAGAGAUUGCAAGAAGAUCCACCAACUGGAGUUUCAGGAGCGCCAACUGAUAAUAACAUUAUGAUAUGGAAUGCUGUUAUAUUUGGACACGUUAACUUAAAUUAUUAUUUGGACAUGCGUUUCAGGCCCCACGACACACCCUUCGAGGACGGUACUUUUAAACUUACUAUUGAGUUCACUGAAGAAUAUCCAAAUAAACCACCGACUGUUAGAUUUGUUAGUAAAAUGUUCCAUCCAAAUGUUUAUGCUGAUGGUGGAAUAUGUUUGGAUAUUUUACAAAAUCGUUGGAGUCCAACAUACGAUGUUUCAGCAAUUUUAACAUCAAUACAGUCGCUGUUAAGUGAUCCAAACCCGAAUUCACCCGCCAACUCAAUGGCAGCACAACUUUAUAAAGAGAAUCGACGCGAGUACGAGAAACGAUCAUUGCUGGACGAACCCAAUCCAAACUCACCAGCAAAUUCUUUAGCAGCUCAACUAUAUCAAGAAAAUAAACGUGAAUAUGAGAAACGUGUCGCCACAGUUGUAGAGCAGUCGUGGCUGAAUUUCCAAGAUAGCCAUGUAGAAGAUCCUCGCUGA